UCGCGGCUUAAUUGACGUAGCGGCGCACGGAGGAGCGCGACAGGUGUUCCACGGCCGUAAUUAAACGAAAACAACGCGCGGCCCAUGUGGAAAGUGAACCGCUGCACCGAGAGUCGAACAGCGAGAGUCCUCGACGCCUCGGCUACUUGAAAGCUCUGUUACCCAAGAUGAACAGCAGUGGACCAGCAUAUCCCCUCGCCUCUUUGUACGUAGGGGACCUGCACCCUGAUGUUACAGAGGCCAUGCUCUACCAGAAGUUUUCUCCUGCUGGACCCAUCAUGUCAAUCCGUGUGUGCAGAGACAUCAUCACCCGCAGGUCUCUGGGAUACGCCUAUAUAAACUUCCAGCAACCAGCAGAUGCGGAGUGUGCCCUGGAUACAAUGAACUAUGAUGUUCUCAAGGGUCGACCAAUCCGAAUAAUGUGGUCUCAGCGUGACCCGGGACUCAGGAAGUCCGGCGUGGGUAACAUCUUUAUCAAGAACAUGGAUGAGUCCAUUGACAACAAGGCUCUGUAUGAUACCUUCUCAGCCUUCGGCAACAUUUUGUCCUGCAAGGUUGUUUGUGAUGAAAAGGGAUCCAAAGGCUAUGGCUUUGUUCACUUUGAGACUCAUGAGGCUGCAAACCGGGCCAUUGACACCAUGAACGGGAUGCUGCUGAAUGAUCGCAAAGUUCAAAAGAAAGGUAUGCAUUCGUUGGAAGCUGGCAUUGUCAAUCCAAAGGUCCAUUUCCUGGGGGAAUUGUGUCAGUUGACUAGGCCAGUGAAUAGCUUUGUUGGCCACUUUAAGUCUCGUAAGGAAAGAGAGGUGGAGUUUGGCACCAAAGCUAUGAAGUUCACCAACGUCUACAUCAAAAACUUUGGUGAAGACUACGGCGACGAGAAACUCAAGGGAGUCUUCUCUGCAUUUGGCAGGACUCUGAGCGUGCGGGUGAUGAAGGACGAGAGGGGCCGUUCACGAGGAUUUGGCUUUGUGAACUACGCGAACCACGAGGAUGCUCAGACGGCAGUUGAUGAAAUGAAUGGAAAGGAGCUCAAUGGGAAAGUCCUGUAUGUAGGACGAGCUCAGAAGCGACUGGAACGCCAGGGAGAGCUCAAACGCAAGUUUGACCAGAUCAAGCAGGACCGCAUCCAGCGCUACCAGGGAGUGAAUCUGUAUGUGAAGAACCUGGAUGAUAGCAUAGAUGAUGAGAGACUCCGGAAGGAGUUCGCCCCUUAUGGCACCAUCACCAGUGCCAAGGUGAUGACAGACGGCUCACAGAGCAAGGGCUUUGGGUUUGUCUGUUUCUCUUCACCCGAGGAAGCGACAAAAGCAGUGACAGAAAUGAACGGGAGGAUUGUUGCAACCAAGCCGCUCUACGUGGCUCUGGCUCAGCGCAGGGAGGAGCGUAAAGCCAUCCUCACCAACAAGUACAUGCAGAGACUCGCCAGCCUGAGGACCAUGUCAAGUCCCAUCAUCGACUCGUACCAUCAGACCGGAUACUACAUGACUGUACCACAGCCUCCUACCCGCUCUUUCUACAACCACAAUGUUGUCAGCAACAUGAGGCCAGUGCCUCGCUGGACAGGACAACCACCAAGACCACAAGGCCCCUACUCGACCCAGUUUGUUGGUAAUUCUGUUCCCCGACAUGGAUCGGCGACCAUUGCUACAGUCAGACAGGCCUCCACCCAGGCUCCACGUGUUGUCAGUUCUUCACAGAAGACAAAUAACAUUGGGACCCAGACUGGAGGAGGACGUACGGACGCACCUGGUGUGAUCAGGAGCAACCAGUACAAGUACUCACCUGCAGUGAGGAACCCUCAACAGAUCAUUACUAUACCUGCACCCAUGGCAAGACUGCAGGUUGUUCCUGCCCCAGUGAUGGAGCCACCGGUGCACGUUCCAUGCCAAGAGCCGCUCACAGCCUCCAUGCUGGCUUCAGCUCCUCUCAUGGAUCAGAAACAGCUCCUUGGUGAGCGACUGUACCCACUGAUCCAUGCCCUGCACUCAAACCUGGCUGGAAAAAUCACUGGGAUGCUGCUGGAGAUUGACAACUCAGAGCUGCUGCACAUGCUGGAGUCGCCCGAGUCUCUGCACUCCAAGGUGGAUGAGGCAAUUGCGGUGCUACAGGCUCACCAGGUGAAGGAAUGCUCUACUAAGAAAUGAAAAGCCCUUUCAGAUGUCAACGACUUUCUGUGGAGGAAAAUAAUCUGACUAAAAUUGUGAAAAGAAGAAAAAAAUGAUUAAAUUGAUGCUAAAGAGAUUUGUGAAGUUAAACCAAUUUUGUUGCCGUAACUUUUGUUAGAAGAUAAAGUUCACAGUAUAUGCAUUAAA